AUGCGAGUGGACACUCGCUGGCCCGCUCGCUACCGUGGCUCCGCUCCGAUCGUCACGACUGGUGUCCCGUUCAGUGUUGGGGCUGACGAGCUCGGAAAAGGCCCUGAAUCAUUAAGGAAAAAUGAGUGCGAUGGGUUCAUUCGAGCCCCAAAUGAUGACGGUGGGCAGGUCCUCGAUGUAGAGUUACUAGAACUGAGGUCCAGUUUGCUGACUCGCCCUUCGGACCCAACACCCCAGCCUGAGGGGGCCAGUUGGACUGUGGCUGGACUGGACCAACUGGUGAUGAGAUGGACGCUUCGUUCGUCUUAUUCAAGUCGGUCCACAGCUCAUGUCAUCUUCCAUGUUCUUCAUGUCACUUCCCCCUCUAAUCCCUCCGCCUGCUGCAUGGAUGACCAUCGUUGUCUGCGUUUCUAUCCCACCACCAACUGA